UCCGCCACAUUCAAUAUGGCGGCCAUUGCGGUCCGCUCAGGCGCUUGAGCAGGUCGCCAGUGGCGCGUUCCACUCCAGUCAUGGCGGCCCCCGGACAGGCACCGGGCGGCGAGGCUCUGGGUACCUGCGGUCUGGAGAGCAUUCUGGAAGCGCUGAAGCUGCUGCUGAGCCCGGGAGGAUCAGACUCAAGUUCGCUACAGAUCACAAAACACGAUGUCCUGUUGGUUACUUUAAAUUCUAACCUGUCUGCUUUGGAGGACAAAUUGCUGACGGAUCCUCACUGGAAGACACUGAAACUCCUAAGGGAUGACAUCGCUAAUAACGCAGAAUGGCCACAGAAUUCUGUGGAUGUCACCUGGAGUUUUACCUCUCAAGCCUUAUUGUUGCUGUUGUGCUUGAAGGAAACCAUGAUCCACCUUGCAGCUGAUUUCACUCCAGGUAAACCCAACCUGAAGACUCCAGAAGCUGCUCCUGCCCUGAGCCCAGAAACACUUAGCAUCUCUCAGCAGAAGACUGUCCAGUCAGCCUUGCAGUUUGUAGUCACCUUGGGUAUCUGCCCCUAUCUCAUGCCUGGAGUUGGAGUCCCUUUGAGACGCAGAACUGAGUUUGGGGCCGUGGUUCAGGACGUGGUGUGCCUCGAGGCUCCUCCUCAUGCGACCCGGCGCCUGUACACCAGCUGCAAGGUUCUUCUAAAUGUUGCGCGUCACGCAUCUCUGGGGAGCUUGAUUUUCUGCCGCCAUUUUGGAGAUAUUGCUGCCGGUUUGUGCCAGCUGGGAUUCUGCUCAACCAAGAGAAAACCACCGAAACCUGAGGGCGAGGUUUUAACAGAAGAGGAAAAAACGCUAUCUAGAGAGGCCCUGAGAGACAUCUUGGAUCAAGCGUAUCAACCACUAGCAGUCCGAGAGUUACUUCUCCUCCAGGGAGGACCACCCCAGUCCUGCACAGAUGAGAAGACACAAGUGAGGUGUCAGGCCCCAGCUUGGCUUCGGCGUCUCUGUGGACAGCUGCUCUCCGAAAGGUUGAUGAGACCCAGUGGUGUUCAGGCAGUAGUCCGGGGCAUUCUUGAAGGAGCAGGUGCUGGGGCAGCUGGCGGGAGUGACGCCGAGGCAGCGGCUGCUGACUGGAAGAAGUGUGACCUGAUUGCCAAGAUUCUGGCCUCUUGUCCCCAGCAGUCUCUUUCACCAGAAGAUUACUACCGUGAUAUCUGCCCCCAGAUUCUAGAUUUAUUUCACUUUCAAGAUAAACUGACGGCGCGGCAGUUCCAAAGAGUUGCCACCAGUACCUUUAUAACAAUGUCAAGAGAACGCCCACAAUUGGCUUUCAAGUAUUUGCUUCAGCCAGUGCUAGCUCCUCUCUAUCGAUGUUUAAAUACAGCAGAGAUUCCAGAGAGUGACAUGGUGCCAGGGAUCAUUUUGGUGUCAGAAGAAGAACUUACUAGAUGUAUUGAGGAUGUAUUUAAGGUAUAUGUGGUCGGGAAUGAACCUGUGACAGUUUUAAUGGAGUCCCUGUUUCCCGUCCUGGGAGUGCUCUUUUCUCUCUACUGUUUUACCAAACAAAGUGUGUCUCACAUAAGGUCACUUUGCCAAGAGAUCUUAUUAUGGAUUCUGGGGAAGCUAGAGAGGAAGAAGGCAAUUGCCAGCCUGAAAGGAUUUGCAGGAUUGGACAAAACUGCGUCCUCUCUUCAUUCUCUGUGUCAGUUUAGAGCCGCCACUCAAGGCGGCAUCAUGGUUACCAUCCAAGAGGCCAAUUGUGAUGAAGAUGAGGAUGAAGCCCUGUACCAGAAGGUGUCCUCAGAGCAGAGCCGGGUAGAGCAUCUUGGGGACUUGUUGUCCCACUGCCAAGAGUGCGGUUUGGCAGGUGACUUCUUCAUCUUCUGCUUGAAGGAGUUGACUCAUUUGGCUGUGGAAGAUGAAGCAGAGUUAAAAACAAAGCCCUUCUCCAGCAAAAGCCUCUUGGAAUCAGAGGAGCACCAAGCUCUUGUGGAAGGCCAGCAGCAGAAGCUGCUGGUCCUACAGCUGUUGGCUGUUCUGUGCGAGAGGAUGUCCGAGCAGAUAUUCACAAACAUCGCUCAGGUUGUGGACUUCGUAGCAGCCACGCUGCAGCGAGCGUGUGCAAGCCUGGCCCACCAGACACAGAGCACCGUGGAGUCGCAGACACUGAGCAUGUCCAUGGGGCUGGUGGCCGUCAUGCUGGGAGGAGCGGUUCAGUUGAAGUCAAGUGAUUUUGCUGUCCUGAAGCAGUUGCUGCCUUUGUUGGAGAAGGUCUCCAAGGUAUACCCAGACCCUGUCAUCCAGGAGCUCGCCAUCGAUCUCCGUAUCACCAUCUCUACCCAUGGGGCCUUUUCCACUGAGGCUGUCAGUGUGGCUGCCCAGAGUACCCUGAACAAAAAGGAUCCAGAAGGGAAGAUAGAAGAGCAGCAACAAACCAGUCAUGAAAGUUACAACGAUGAGUCUCACCGCAAACAACAGCAAGGCCAUGAGAAAUCCAAACAAACGGGCCUGAAAUCUAGUGCUCCACUCAUUCCUCAGGAGGUCAGUGAGCCCAGAGCCACUACAAACCAGAAAUCUGGAAGUGUAACCACAGACCAGCUCCAGGAGGUUCUUUUAUCAGCUUAUGAUCCUCAGAUUCCAACCCGGGCUGCUGCUCUGCGAACUCUUUCCUGCUGGAUAGAGCAGAGAGAAGCAAAAGCCCUUGAGAUGCAAGAGAAGCUUCUCAAGAUAUUCUUGGAGAACUUGGAGCAUGAAGACACCUUUGUAUAUUUGUCUGCUAUUCAGGGGGUUGCCUUGCUCUCAGAUGCAUACCCUGAGAAAAUCUUGCUUGGCCUGUUGGCUCAGUAUGACAGUGAUAAAGACAAGCACACAGCGGAGACCAGAAUGAAAGUUGGGGAAGUCCUGAUGCGAAUUGUCAGAGCCUUAGGGGACAUGGUCUCAAAAUACAGAGAACCUUUGAUCCACACCUUCCUGAGGGGAGCAAGAGAUCCUGAUAGUGCUCAUAGAGCCAGCAGCUUAUCAAACCUUGGAGAACUGUGCCAGCGGCUGGAUUUCCUGCUGGGCUCCGUGGUUCAUGAGGUAACAGCUUGCCUGAUAGCUGUGGCUAAAACAGACCAUGAAGUUCAAGUGCGCAGAGCUGCCGUCCACGUGGUUGUGCUGCUGCUUCGGGGCCUCAGCCAGAAAGCUACUGAGGUGCUGAGGGAUGUCCUCAAGGAUCUCUACCACCUGCUGAAACACGUGGUGCGCUUGGAGCCUGAUGAUGUGGCCAAGAUCCAUGCCCAGUUGGCCCUUGAAGAGCUGGAUGAGAUAAUGAGAAAUUUCCUCUUCCCACCACAGAAGCUGGAGAAAAAGAUUGUGGUCCUGCCGUAGACCUAGCUCAAAGGUCGUCAAGGAGAGAGAACAGGUCUGAAUCUGGUCUUCCGCUAUUGAGAUGGAAAGCUAAUGCACUGAGGAGGAUUUGAACUCCAGAAAAGAGCAUCAAGCUGGUUGAAUCUUCCAGAGAUGAAGGAUCCGAAGGAGGCGAGGGAGUGACCAGGCAGAUGUUCUGGCGGAAGAACAUUGCGGACAAAGCAAAGGACAAGUGCACAGGCUUGGAGCUGAAAGUAUGUCCGGCAGGUUUGAGGACGGGCCGGAGGCCAGGCUGGCUCCAGGGCAGUGAGCUUGAGGGAAGGGGAAUUGGUGGGGCUGGGUACGGGGCACUGGACCCGUGGAGCCUGGCAGACCGCUCUCAGCAAGGAGGCGGGGGCAGCCCCUUCAGCUUCUUUUCGUCAAGUGCUUAAGGCCACAUGGCUGAAUGCUGUAAUAUGGGAAAUGCCUCUAGCCCCAAGGGUUUUUUUCCUCCAUCACAACGAAGUGGCAAGCGUCAUCUCUUCACCACCCCCCUUCUCUGGAAAGCCGAUCUACCCCCUCCCCACACCCUUGGUCUGGGAGAGCCUCACCUGCCUGCUGCCUGGGUUGCUCAGCAGAGGCGGGGGCACGGCUGAGGCAUCUGAAAGCGGUUCCGUUAGGAGGAACGAGUUGGGGGAUGAUUCAUCUGACCUGUACAAAACCCAACUGGCUUCUGUAGUCUUUUUGCAGAGAAUUGCAGCAUCUCAGCCGGAAUGUCGGUGGUAAGGGCGAGGGGGGAGAGGAGAGCCGAGUUCCAGGCAGGCUGUGGAGCGGUAGCGGUAGCCGCCGGUGCCUGACGGCGGGCGCCUGGGCUGCUGUGUCCUCCAGCAAGUCCCGCAGACGUUCUGCAGUCACGUGCCGCUGGCUGACUGCAGUGCGCGCCACCCCAGCUGGGAACGGAGGUGCUGCUGGGGGCUGGGAAGCUGUCUUCCUGGGCGCUGGCUGGGGCACUCCUCCCUGCUGGCGGGGCUCAGGGCUGCAUGCUGGCAGGUGAGGAGGGGACCCAGACCCUCACCACCCGCCCUGGAGGGGGCCGUGCCGGCUGCUGCAGAGGGUCGUCCGCUGUUGUCCUUCUCUACGUAGGGUUCUUCCUCUGGACUCUGGAGCUCUGUGCGGCCAGGAGGGCUCAGGGACUGUCCUCCCUCCUGCGACCCUGUGCAGGCCCCGUGGGACACAGCAUAGGAAGAGCAGUUGCUCUGUGUUCCUUGUCAUUUGGAAAGCCGUUUUGCAUCCAAAACCUCCCCUGCUUCUCACAACAGCCUCUUGGAACAGGGAGGCCAGCUACUGUUACUCCCCUGUGGUGGGAUUUGGCCCCUGGUCUCCUGGGUCUUAGCCAGACUCUCAAACGUUUGUUAAAUACUAGAGAGCCUCCUCCCCAACCUCCAGAUGAGUAUAGAUGCAGUUUGGGAAGAAAACUCACGGUUCAUAUAUCCAGGUGAGCCCGAGCAUGUGUGUCCCAUGAAGAUAGAGUCUGAUGUCCACCGACACAUGCUGAGGGGUGCCAACCAAGACCCUGUGCUUGCCCUGGGCCGCCUCUGAGGAUGCCCGCCAGCAACUGAGACCUCAAGUACGGAUACCUGGCUGUGUCCGGCAGACACCCAAGAUGGCCAGGAUGCGUACAGCACAGGAAGUAUGGAAAGUCUUCCCAUAGAUCCAAUCACAGCCCAGAUACAUCCCCUUUGAAGGUUUGUGGUUGUUUUGGUUUGGCUUCUUUUACCCUUUCAUCUCCUGGAAGCAGGGCGUCAGUUCUCAGAUUGCCUGUUCAGAAUGAUCACAAUGGAUCGUUUUAAACUGUGAUCUGUUGCGUCUGUAUUUCUUGCUUGUAUACAUUGAUAGCUCUAUUCCAUACCCUCCCUCGAGAGAAAAAAAAAAAAAAAUGAGACCGGAAUGAACAGCCCUCUGUUGCAGAAGGGAGAAAUAAGGUCCAGACGCGCAAGUUUUUGCAAA